AUGUACAAAAUCAACUGCAAAAUCAUAGUACAAGCAGGACCAUUUUGGAAUUCAGCGUCCUUCAACACAGAGACGUCCUACCUGCAUUUCCCCACCUUCUAUGGAGAGCUCAGCGCAGAUGUCUCAUUUUUUUUUAAAACUACUGCUUCCUCAGGAGUGUUUUUAGAAAAUCUGGGAAUUCAAGACUUCAUAAGGAUAGAGUUAUACUCUCCAUCUGAGGUGAUUUUUUCAUUCGAUGUUGGAAAUGGACCUAGUGAAGUUACAGUGAAAUCACCUAUUUCCUUAAAUGACAACCAAUGGCAUUAUGUGAAGGCUGAGCGGAACAUCAAAGAAGCAUCCUUACAAGUUGAUCAACUUCCUCAAAGGUUUCACAGUGCUCCACCUGAUGGGCAUAUUCGCUUGCAGCUCAACAGCCAGCUUUUUGUAGGUGGGACAGCAUCGAGGCAGAAAGGAUUUUUGGGAUGCAUUCGUUCAUUACAGUUGAAUGGAAUAGCCCUUGACCUGGAAGAGAGAGCAAAGAUAACACCAGGAGUUGAACCAGGCUGUCCUGGACAUUGUAGCAGCUAUGGUAACUUGUGUCACAACGGUGGAAAAUGUAAAGAGAAAUACAGUGGAUUCUCCUGUGACUGCACUUUCUCUGCCUAUGCUGGGCCAUUCUGUAAGAAAGAGGUCUCUGCCUAUUUUGGGACUGGCACUUCUGUGACAUACAAUUUCCAAGAAUACUACAUGUUAGCUAAAAAUUCCAGUUCUCAUGCUUCUUCUUUCUACGCUGACAUGACACUGAACAGGGAAGCAAUUACAUUUGCCUUCCGAACAACACGGACACCGAGCUUACUGUUUUAUGUCAGCUCCUUCUACAAGGAAUACCUCUCAGUCAUUCUCACCAGAAAUGGAAGUUUACAGAUCAGGUACAAGCUAGACAGCCAUCAAGAUCCUGAUGUCUUCAGCAUCAAUAUCAAAAGCAUGGCUGAUGGACAACUGCAACACGUGAAGAUUAACAGAGAGGAGGAAAUGCUCUUUGCAGAGGUUAACCAGAAUGAAAGAAUGAACUUUAUUCUGUCUUCAGGAACAGAAUUCAAUGCAAUCAAGUCUCUUACGCUUGGCAAGAUUUUAGAAAACAGCGAUAUAGAUGAGGAGACUAUGAAGGCAAACUCUCAGGGGUUUAUUGGAUGUCUCUCUUCAGUGCAGUUCAACCACAUUGCUCCUUUGAAGGCUGCACUGCACCACAGCAGCUCAGCCCCUGUCAUUGUAAAGGGACGCUUCACUGAAUCCAACUGCGGUACUUUAACUGGAGCUGACUCAACAUCAAGUCAAACAACCCGUUCAUUUGCAGAUCACUCUGGACCGAUAGAUGGGGGAGAGCCCCUAGCUAAUGCAAUCAGAAGUGACUCUGCAAUUAUUGGAGGUGUAAUAGCGGUCGUGAUAUUCGUCCUACUUUGCAUCACUGCUGUAGCCAUACGUGUUUAUAAAAAAAAAGGCAUAUACUCAAAAAAUGGGGCUAAAGGAACUGAAAAUGAAGACAGUGCUGAAUCUGCGCUGAAAAGUGAGCUCAGCAUGCAAAACACAGCCAAUGAAAAUCAAAAGGAAUACUUCUUCUGA